AGAGAGAGAGUACCAGAGCCUGGGGAAGACAGAGGGGAGAGAAACAGUCGCACAAGAAUUGCGGUGGGUUGACUGGGACCCUCCCUCCCCCCGACCUCCAACUGCAGCGAGGACCACGGGGAGGGGAGCGCGGUGGUGGGCGUCGCAGGGCCGGACCCGGCGCGGCUCCCCUCCGUCGCCACCUCCCACCCCGGGGACCCCUCCGGCCCGGGCGGCCGCCGGAGGCCGGGGAUGGCGGACUCGUGCCAGAACCUCACGUACGUGCGGGACUCGGUGGGCCCGGCCACCAGCGCCCUGAUGUUCGUGGCGGGCGUGGUGGGCAACGGGCUGGCGCUGGGCAUCUUGGGAGCGCGGCGACGGUCACGCCCCUCGGCCUUCGCGGUGCUGGUCACCGGGCUGGCGGUCACCGACCUGCUGGGCACGUGCUUCCUGAGUCCGGUGGUGUUCGCGGCCUACGCCCGCAACAGCUCGCUGCUGGGCCUGGCCCGGGGCCGCCCGGCGCUGUGCGAUGCCUUCGCCUUCGCCAUGACCUUCUUCGGCCUGGCCUCCACGCUCAUCCUCUUCGCCAUGGCCGUGGAGCGCUGCCUGGCGCUCAGCCACCCCUACCUCUACGCCCGGCUGGACGGGCCGCGCCGCGCCCGCCUGGCGCUGCCCGCCAUCUACGCCUUCUGCGCCGUCUUCUGCUCGCUGCCCCUGCUGGGCCUGGGCCAACACCAGCAGUACUGCCCGGGCAGCUGGUGCUUCAUCCGUAUGCGCUCGUCCGAGCUGGGCGGCUGCGCAUUCUCGCUGGCCUACGCCAGCCUCGUGGCCCUGCUGGUGGCCACCAUCUUCCUCUGCAACGGCUCGGUCACCCUCAGCCUCUGCCGCAUGUACCGCCAGCAGAGGCGCCACCACGGCUCGCUGGUCCCCAGCCCCCGGGCGGGCGAAGACGAGGUUGACCACCUGAUUCUGCUGGCCCUCAUGACGGGCAUCAUGGCCGUGUGCUCCCUGCCUCUCACGAUCCACGGCUUCACCCAGGCCAUCGCCCCGGACAGCAGUGAGAUGGGGGACCUCCUCGCUUUCCGUUUCAAUGCCUUCAACCCCAUCCUGGAUCCCUGGGUCUUCAUCCUUUUCCGCAAGGCCGUCUUCCAGCGGCUCAAGCUCUGGUUCUGUUGCUUGUGCCUGAGGCCUGGCCCGGGCGACUUGCAGACGUCCCUCUCCCAGCCGGCCUCGGGGAGGAAGGGCUCAAGGGUCCCCACUGCUCUUGGGGGGAAGGAUGGGAGCUGGGUGCAUUCGUCAGCCUGGGGCAAGGGGCAGGGGGCACCCUUGCCUGUCCUACAGCCAUCCAGCAGCACCGUGGGAACACCGUCCAAAGUGGGGUCCGAGACAGCCUGCUCCCUCUGCUGACAUCUGCCCCGUGAUCUCCUGCCCUGUCUUCCGAGAGCAGCAGCCAGAAAUUCAGGGACUUGACCGGUGGCUGCGGGUGGACAAGCCCAGAGCUGGAUCCUGGAGCCCAGCCGGCCAGAAUGUUGACCCCCUGGAUUCAGGGGGGUGAUCAGCUGCUAUUUCU